UGGUCCACGGCUGCCGACCUACGAACCGUUACCAAUCUCGGGUAUUAACGGCGUCAACGCCCUUCACUGUUCUUCGUUUUCGCGAGAAAGAGAGGGUUUCAGACUAAACGAGCCGGAGAUCCCCCCUUCUCAUGAAAAUCGUCGAAAACCAGCUUUAAUGCUUUAAAAGCUGCAUGGUUAUCUCCUGGAACAUCGUUCCGUCGUUUUCUUGUAAAGAUCUUUUGGUUUGUUCUUGAACUCUAUUUAGCAAGAGAGCUGUUUGGUACUUGUGCGAUUGAAGAGGAACUUUACUUUGGUCGAUUUUAUUGAGGUCAGGGAAAAAAGAAAAAAAACCGUUGUGCAAAAUGACCGCUGGUAGUAGAAUUUGGGCCUCUUUAUACUCUCUGGCAAUGGUCAUGAUGCAGAAAAAAUAAGAACAGUAAAAUUUUGUCAUCUUUGGACUUCUUGGAGGCAAAUUUGUUGAUAGUGAUUGAUACUGUAUAUAAACAUGGAAGUCAAGAACGCAAAGGUAUCGGAUAAUGGGCGUAGAAUUGUGGUAGAUCUGAAGAGAAAAAGGGCAUCUCACUGUGUAGCAUAUUUUGCUGAACCUGCUCUGGCAGUGGUGGGUCGGAGACCCACCUUGAACUCGCAAUCUAACAAGCUAUGCAAACGAGUCAGAUCAUUUGGCAGCAAGAACAGUUGCAAGUCUCGUUUCAGGAAAUCUCUGCUGAAAAACUACUCAAAUUUUAUGAAGAGUGGGCCAAUUCAACGUUUAAUGUUCUAUCAGAAUGAUGAAUGGACUGAUUUCCCUGUGGAACUUCUUGCAUUAAUAAGAGAAGAUUUCCAGAGAAAGAAGGUUGCUAUUGAGGUGGAGUUCAAUGACCAUCACUCACUUAUGGAUUUUUUCCACAUGAUUGAGGUUGAUCUGAAAACAGGUGUACAAAAACCCAUCGCUUGGAUUGAUGAAGCAGGUAAUUGUUUGUUUCCGGAAUUGCUUUCUGGUGAUAUGGAAGUAAAUGCAAAUUUUCAACCUGAUUUGGAGAAUGAACAGAGAAUUUUAUAUCAAGAGCCAAAUGGGACCCGUGAACUCAAGUUGCAACUUGAAAUUGAAAUUACUGGAGCUGAUAGCUUGGGUCUGGAAGAAGGUACUGAAGAAUCAAAUACUCAUGUAAAGCGACUUAAAGUUGAAGAAAAACCUGUUAUAAGGCAUUAUGAGCUUGAACAACAUGAUAGCAGUGAUGCAAAAUCAGAAGCAAAAAUUGAACGCUUUGGAGAAAAUAAGCAAUUGGUUGAAAUUUCUCCUUCACAAAAUCCUGUGUAUGAAGCAAUGCAUGGAGAGUUGUCUAAUGAUAUUGUGCAACACACGUUCCUUAUGGGUAUGGGUUCGAUGAUUGAUGCAAAGGACGUACUUGAGGUUUAUCAUUGCUCAAGUAGUAUUUCACAGGUUCGAUUUGAGCUUUUCCAGAAGCAGCUUGAAAUCACAAAGAAGUAUCGUGGUGAAGCAAAUGUUCGAUUUGCUUGGCUUGCUUCCUCUAGAGAGGCAGUGUCUAGGAUUAUGGUGCAUGGGAUUGGUAUAAAUGGACUGCCUAAGCAUAAGCCUGUAUAUGGUAUUGGUGUUCAUCUUUCAUCAGCAAAUUAUUCACUUAUCAGUGCAAAUUAUUGUGAUGUUGACGAAAAUGGGGUACAACAUAUGAUGUUUUGUCGUGUUAUAAUGGGGAACAUGGAGCUUGUUCAUCCUGGAUCUGAGCAGUUCCAUCCUAGUAGCGAAAACUUUGACAAUGGCGUAGACGAUCUUGAAAAUCCAAGUCAGUAUACUGUGUGGAGCAUGAAUGCGAACACUCACAUCUAUCCAGAGUAUGUUGUUUGUUUUAGGAUGCCUCCCAGUGUUAAAGGUCAUGCUGUUGGAAAUGAGAGGCAGAGCAAAUAUGAUGUGUCUGGUGAAACAAAUUCUACUUGUUGUCAAGUUCAAAUGCAAAUCGGCUCCUCUCCACUUAAUUCUGCGGUAUACCAUAAUUCAUUUGGAGAUUCAGUAAAGAGAUCUCAGGACAAGGCUCCUGUCUUUGAUUCGAGCAUUUCAAAGACUCCCAAAUCCCCCUGGAUGCCUUUUCCCAUGUUGUUUGAUGCUAUUUCAAAUAAAGUGCCUGCUAAUGAUAUGUUGCUAGUUAAUAAGCAUUAUGACCUAUUUAGGCACAAAAUGAUUAAUCGGGAUGAUUUUGUUAAGAAGUUGAGGUUGAUAGUUGGGGACACAGUACUCAGAUCCACGAUAACAAGCCUUCAGUGCAAGCUCCAGUCUGAAUGUGGAGUUUCUGGAUUCUUUGUCGGAGUCCGGAUCACCUGCGAUAAUACAUCCCAACACCCUCCCAACAUGAUCGGACACUGUGCGUCUCAAUCUGGCGGGUCCCAGUCUCAUGAUGAGAUGUACGGUGUCGAAUCAGAGUCUGGAUCUGCUCCUCACAGAGUGCACCUCACAGAUUUCACAGUCCCAUUGGGAACAUCUGUCCUGUGUUAUUCAUGGGAAGAUGUUCUCAAUACACGGUGGGAUGGAUCUGUGAGGAGCAGAUCCCAAUUUGUCGAAUCACGUUGGGAGGGUGUUGGAACGUGUUUUGUUGGCAGCCGAUCCCAACUCAUUUGGUUAAACUAACUUGUCCAUCUCUUUAUGUAU